UUACAUAAACCGUUAACAGGAAGGAAAAAAAAUAAAUAAAUAUAAAAAUUAACAAGUCUAAAGGCGACGAGCGUAAUACGGUAACGGUACAAUAAGGCAUGCGCGAUUUAACUUGCUGAACCGAAGUAAGAGAGGCGAAAAAAGUUAUAUCUAAAAAGAAAGAAAGAAGUGGGGGAAAAAAAAGAAAGAAAAGUAACAAACCCCGAGCUCUUUGCAACGUGUAAAUUGAGUUUUAUGGCGGAGCAGCGUAAGGCGGGCGAGUGCUUCUGCAGCAGACGAAAGAAAGGCACAGGAGGUAACAAGCCGAAGCCGUCGAGCAAGAGAAAGCGGCAAACGCUGGUGCACAAUCCGGACGAAGAGAUAUGGCACGAGCCGUAUAUGCACUGCCUUCGUAAGGAAUUUUCGCAAAAGUCGAUACCGUGCGACUCGAAGAUCGAGCUGCCGUGGCGAGACAUCGCUCUCCCACCUGUCGCCAUGAGGAUCAGGCCUAACGUCACGGUCAAGGAGGAGCCAGUCGAGGAGGCAGCUCAGCUCCAGGAAAUCGGCGGCGAGGACAGCGAGGGAGUCGAUUCGAAGGAAUCGACCGGGAAGAUGAAGCUCCCGUGGAAGGACCUCCUGGUGAUGGACACGGUCGCCCCGCAGCCCCGACUCCGGGCCGACGGUGCGCUCUGCGAUUCGACCCUGGAGAUACCCUGGGAGGAUCUCGCCUUCGAAAGGCCGGUUGAAAUACGCCCGAUACCGGAGGAGGAGCUCUGCGAUUUAGACGACGUCGAAAUCCCCUGGGAGGACAUACUGCUCCCCGCAAACAUCGUCAUCGAGGCCAGGAAAAAGAAGCACCCCUCCUCCAGGGGCCCACCGAAUUAUCUCUCCGCCAGGGGUGGUGCAUGUUGCGGCGAUAAUCCCUGCUGCACAAAGGCCAGGCGAAAGUGACGUGGAAAUUUUUUAAAAUCAUGAAUUGUACGUAUGUGACAGAACGACGAGGCUGAAGUUAGUAACGUUAUCGUAUCGAAACGUUGUAAUAAAAAUUACUAUUUUGAAACUUUGGAAUAACUAAAAAGUUGAAUUUACUAAAUCUGAGUUUGUUCAUGCUUCAUUAAUGGUUUCCUAAAUUUUAGAGAAUUCUAAUGUUGAAAAAUAACGAGUUUCUAUAGACGCAUUAUUACAAUAACGUUAUAAAAACUUCAGCCUGUAACAGAACGACAUUGCAGUUCGUCGCUUAUCAACGAUAAUGUCUCGGUUGCAUAUCGCGGUCUGAAGUUGGCAGCGAUUCGGUUUCGUAUAACGAAUUAUCGAGGUGCGAACCGUACAAUCGAGAUCCUGCGAGAUCCCGUGUUUCGCUCCGCUUGCUUGUUUU